CCGUUGUUAUUGAAAAAAAUUGAAACUUGCAACGGGAGCUCUAAAUCAAACUGGCAAGAGCGAGAUGAGAAAGUAUGAGAAAUGUUUAAAAGAGCCCUAAAACCCAAGAAGAAGAAGCUGUACAUGUUCCUUCACCAUGCGUCUGUCUUCUCCUUCAUAUUCAUUCUCUCUCCUCAAAUCUCUACUUCGUCAUUUCAGCUCCAACUCUAACUCCAACCUCCCAAAUCUCUGCAAAAUCCCAGUAAAAUAUCGUUCACAAGCCAUCAAAGAAGCCCAAGAAGUUAUCACAGACUAUCUUCACACAACCAGAACACUACCCUUCUCAUAUGCAGAAUACAUCAGCAAAAACUCCAUUUACUCUCUCUCUGAACUCAUCUCUAAGGUACAGUUUUCCUCCAUUAAUUUCCGCAAAAGCUUCCAAAAGUUCCUUAGAUAUAACCCCAUCAAUGAAUUUGGGUUCUUUUAUGAAAGUAUUGGGAUUGAUUAUGUUAAGAUUGAUACUUUUUUGAAGCCAAAUGUACAUUUUUUCACUGAUGAUUAUAUUGUUUUAGAUGUUGCUUGUACUCUUGCUGGAUUAGGGUUCCCUUGGAAUAAGUUGGGGAAGUUGUAUGUGGAACAAGUUUCAAUCUUUAAGAAAGAACCUCAGUUUUUGGUUUCUAAGUUUAAUGGUUUGUUAGCAAUGGGGUUUAGCAAUGAACAAGUUGUUGGUAUUUGUUUGGCUUUUCCUUGUUUAUUGAAGGGAGAAGAGGUUGAAUUAAAUGGUGAAUUUGAUGCAUUGUUGGAUGAUUUUAAAAGGGUUUUUGUUGAUUUAAAUUUGGGGAAUCAUCUAGUGCAAAAUGUGGAUGUUUGGUAUGAAGUUUGUAGGAAAGUUAUGGUUUUCUAUGAGCUAGGUAUUGAAAAAGGGAAGAUUGGGGAUUUGAUUAGUAAGAGUAUUAGUAUUUUUGUGGAUUAUCCAGAGAAAGAUUUAGUUGAAAAGACGGAGUUCUUUUGUAAGUUAGGUGUGGGGAAAGUAGAUGUUGGUUUGUUGCUUCUUUCCAAUCCAGAGAUUUUGGGCAUCAAAUUUGAUGAUCGUGUUGUAUCUGUGUCGGGUUUUUUGAAUCAUUUUGGCUUGGAGGAGAAAGAAUUGGAAUCCCUAAUGCAGAUAUACUCAUAUGUAUUUGAUCGGAACACGAUGCUUAAUUUGCCCCAUGUUCUUAGAGCCAUGGAUCUUCAUGAAUGGUUCUUCGAUAAAGUGAAGGGCGGGAAGUAUCAGUUGUUGUCUAGUUAUAAUUUAAGUAAUCCUGAUGAAGGUGAAGACGAGGAUUAUGUUCAGAAUUUGGAGAAAAUCAAAUUUGCAAGGACAUAUAGUUAUUCAUUAAGUAAAUUGGAAAUUUUUCACGGAUUUGGAUUUGGAGAGAAUGCUUUCACUGUGAAGCUUUUAAUUUCUGUACAUGGUUCUGCUAGUGGCUUACAAGAGCGAUUUAAUCUACUACUUAAUGAAGGCAUUCAGUUCUCUAAAGUCUGCAAGAUGAUAAGUCGCACACCUAAAAUUCUAAAUCAGGAGACUGACAAUCUCAAACAAAAAAUUGACUUUCUUCGCGAGGAAGUUGGUUCAUCUUUAGACUUCCUAGAGACUUUUCCAGCUUAUCUGAUGUAUAAUCUAGAAAAGCGGAUCAAACCCAGAUACAGAUUUCAUGUUUGGCUUACUAAGCAGGGCUGGUGUUCCAGAAAUUAUACUCUUUCAAGCAUUAUUGCCAUUAGUCACAAAGGUUUUAUUGCCCAACUUUCCUGUAUACAUCCAACAGCACCUCAGAUAUGGUUGGAGCGAUGUGGGCAAAAGAAGAAGACCAGUGCGCCCCAGAAGAAUGUAUCAUAAGACACGUACCAGCUUGGAAUGUAUAGUGAGCAAUGCAAGUUCUUGAUAGUUUUAGUACAAACUCUGAAGUUGUAGGUUUAUGCUGUUCAAACAUAAUAGUGUACACCACAUUUUUUACACAUAUGAUUGAUGUCAAUAAGAGGUCAAUUCUUCGAUUUGAUUCAAUAUCCUCAAUAAAGUGCCUAUCUUCUUUAUCUUCGGGAAUUUAACUGUGACAGAUGUGUUGUGAACCUGUUAUCUGCCCAUCCAGAAGGAAUGAUGCAUCUCCCUGAUGACUAGAGAACGAGAUUUUCCAUGAACAUCUUGCAAGAUUUGCAAAGGUUGUCCUUGAAGUAAAAUCCUGGAAAGAAUUGAUGGAUAGAAAAUCUGCUUCUGUUUGUCACUAUGUGAUGUAAAAUUGCUGUUUAUGGACAAGAUCAACUGUGCCCCCCUUGAAAACUCUGGUCACCUGGAGGCUGGAGCAUUCGACUGUAAUGCAUAUGAGUUGAAAUUUUGAGCUAUUUUUUUGAAUUGAGAUUAUUUAAUCAAAAUUUGCUAUCAUGAGGACCAUCUGAUGUGAACCUCCCGCCCCCAAACGUAUUUUUUUGCUUAGACAGCGGUGACAUGGCAUCUUUGGAAGGAUGAAUGUUCAUCAGCAAGCUGCUAGAACUGCUAUUGUUUCUGACAAAGAUGUGAAGGUGCAUUUGGUGAAUAUAUCAGGCUUCUGUUGUAGGAAACUACAGUUUAUAAGAGUUGCAGAACACCUUCAGCAGGUGAUACCAUGAAAUUAGUUAGCUAUAACUAAUACAUGGUGGUGAGAUUAGCUGUUGAAAAGAUAUCGUGUACAUGUUGAAGUGUCAGAUUUUUUGCUCUGUAAAUUGUCUUAAGCUUUUUUCACACUGGAAUAUGAGUAUAUGAAAUAUGAUCCUCAUUGACAUCA